AACGCCGAACAUGAGAUUAAAGACAAUUUUGAUAACAUUAAGUUGGUUUGCUAAUGAAACUGUGUAUUUGGGAUUAAGCUAUUAUGGUCCAUCAUUGGGCAAUGAUCAGUACUUUAGCUUCUUUUUGUCCGCGGCAGUUGAAUUACCAAGUUAUGUAUGUUGCUGGUAUUUAAUGGACACCUUUGGACGUCGAUGGCCUUUAAGUCUAUCAAUGAUUUUAGGAGGAGCUGCUUGCGUUAUAACUGUUUCGAUUCCAGAAGAUGCGAUUAAUGAAACUUUAGUCAUAUACCUAAUUUCGAAAGCUUUGCUUUCAGCCUCAUUUUUAAUUAUUUACCCCUUUGCUGGCGAAUUGUAUCCUACCCAAGUUCGGGGUAUUGGAAUUGGAGCCUCAAGCUAUAUUGGUGGACUAGGUUUGAUUGUUAUCCCUUUUGUAACAUAUUUGGGAAGAGAUAAUUUAAAACUUCCUCUCGUCAUAAUGGGGAUAAUAUCAAUGAUUGGUGGGCUCACAAGUUUAAGGCUACCCGAAACCCUUCAUGAACGACUUCCUCAGACCCUUGAGGAGGGCGAGAAUUUCGGAAAGGACUGGUCAGUGAAGCGAUGUUUCAGUUGUUAUUCGACACAGAAAUUAGUAUCAAAACAAGAUUCGUACGAAAACCUUCAUGUCCUUUCCUGCAAAAUAAAUAGUGACUCCAAAUCAUCAAAUCAAUAUCCGAUAACAAUCGAUCGGUCUGAAGGAGCUUCAAUAAAACGUUUAGUGCGGCAAAUGAGCGUCAUGGAUACACAGCGAAAUAUUGAUGGAACAAUGCAGCUAACCCACUGGAUUUAAACUCUUUAAAAUUAUGUCAUAAUGUCAGUAAAAAUCAAAUAAGUGUAAAAAGUAAUAAGAAUAUUAGCAAAUAAUAAAAUAUUAAUUUUUGAAUUCAAUAA